CUAAAAUUCUGUUUAUGAAAUUCAGGAAAAACGUUUAAUACUUGUAUGGCUCGGGAUCAUCGGUAUGGCCGUGUAGACAAUCUUUGCAACGUUUUAGAAACACAUGACAUUUGGCGAUUUGUGGAGAAAACAGACAGAUUCGUGUUUUUCCUUAAGGAGAAGCUUGAAGAUGGUCUUUCCACCUGGUGAAACGGUGCCGCAAUAUCUAUCUGUUCAUCAAACGAAUUUAUCACUUUCGGAGGCGAGCGUGGAUGUAGUAAAUUUCACGACACGCGACGCAAGUGAACAGGACAUGGGUGUAUAUAAAGGUAGCUACCUUCGUUCAGCAAGGCACCCACUGGAACAUCAACCACGAGCAGACAAACAACCAAACAUUCUCAAAGAUGAAAUUGGUAUUGCUAUUAUCGGCUCUUGUGGUUAUGUCCCACCAGCAAUUUCAAUACCGAACAAAGCCGAGGGGACUUUUUUGGUUGUCACCUUAUUCGCCACAGCGAGUCAUCAGCAAUUAUCAGCCAGCACAAAUCUAUAACGACUAUUACCUCCAAAAUGAAAUCCCUUACCCGAUCAACUCCAGGCCGUCUACGCGAAUCGGUGAAAUCGUCUCCUACUUCAAGAAUGAAGAGUCGAAUCCGGACGUCAUCAUUUCUAGCGCAGAAAGCCUAAAUAACGAUGAUGAAGAUAUCGAAUCCUGGGGUCCAACCCAGGCGAGGAUCAAAUUUUAUCAACAGCAGCAGAAUGGGGGGCGAUUUUUCGGCAGUUCCACCAUUAACAAUCCUUUCGUAAAGACAGCUACGUUUACUAUUUCGUCGACUGUAACAACAGUUGGAUCCAUCGUCACUUGCGUGCCAGCCAACAAUUUGGCGGCUGUUCCUGCACCGACUUGCGCUGGACGCAAGAGACGUUCUGACGACGACGAAACCGAACAAUUUCCAAUAGUUCCGACAGAAACCCUCUCGUUGGUGCCAACGGCUGUCCCAGGAGAAUCUCGUCAACUGCCCAACAUCGAUCACGAGGACACUCACACUGUCAUCUCGUCUAAAGAUGAAUUUUUGCCAGCUGAAUUGUCAGAGAAUAAUUCGAGAGAGAAACGAUUUUUCGGAGGUGGCAUAGCAGCAACGAAAACGGUGACAUCUUACUCAUUUGUGGGGGCAACCCUGACCAAUACGGUCUUACUCGAUCCAACAGGAAUGAUGGUUGCUGUUUGUUUACCAGCUGGCUAUGUCGUCUGUGCUUAAUUACGCCUGACACUUGCUAGACUUUAUCUAUCAGCUUUUCUGUCAAGUGGUUCUUGACGCAUUUAUUUUUACAGCUUUUUCACAUUUCUGGCUUUUUAGUGUCAUUAGCAUUUUUUUAAACCGCAUUAUAAUUUUAUAUAUCUUGUGAUACUGAAGGUUUUGGAUGUGGGUCAAAUAGACGAUCUUAGAAGCA